AAUAUUCUAAGGAAGUUGUACGAAUUUCAACCAGCACCCGCUGAGAAAGUUAAACUUCCUCCACCAGGAAACAAAGAGGUGACCAAUACUAAAAUUGCAAGUAUUGUCGACCAAAUUUCCUCGUUGACUUUGAUUGAAACGGCAGAACUUGUGCAAGCAUUGAAAACUCGCUUGAAUAUUCAAGAUGUGGUUCUACCCGCAAUUAGCAACGUUUCCAAUGUCACUGCUCCAGCAAGUGAAGCCGCCGCACCAGAGGAGGAGAAAGCUCCCGAAAAGACAGCCUUUACAGUAAAACUGGAAAAAUAUAAUGCGGAUGCAAAAACGAAGAUAAUUCGUGAAAUGAAGAACAUUUUACCGGGUACAAAUCUUGUUGAGGCCAAGAAAUUUGUUGAAAGUGCACCUAAGGUUAUUAAAGAAAAUGUUAAUAAAGAAGAAGCUGAAAAGAUCAAAAAGACUUUAGAGGGGCUUGGUGCAACUGUCAUAUUAGAAUAA